GGACAAAAAGGUCAUGGCGGUCCUUCUGGUCUUCCAGCUGAGCCUGGUGAACGGGGAGAUGAUGGAAGCCCCGGGGCCAAAGGCUAUCCUGGCAGGCAGGGUUUACCCGGGCCUGUAGGAACAAUGGGGCCAAAAGGAGUCAGGGGUCACAUUGGCAUCACUGGACUCUAUGGCUUUCCUGGUUCUGAUGGCGAGAGAGGAAUUCCUGGCGUUCAUGGGAAGAAGGGCAAGAUGGGUAGGCCGGGGUUUCCUGGUGACUUUGGAGAGAGGGGACCUCCUGGCCUUGAUGGGAACCCAGGUGACCUGGGGUCUCCUGGCCCAUGUGGAGUCCAUGGUCUCACUGGAGACAUGGGCCCAGAGGGCAUUAUCGGCUUUCCAGGGCCACCAGGACUGAAGGGAGUACCUGGAAACCCAGGGGAACCAGGACUGAAAGGUGAUAAGGGGGAUGUUGGCUUACCGGGGGAGCAAGGGGAGUACGGAUUCCAAGGGGACAAGAUGGCUUCAUAUGAUUAG